AUGGUUCCAGUAGUUGAUCCGUCUCGUCACGGAGACAAGCGAAAGCGGCAAGCGAAAAAACGACCGGCAGUCGCAAAGCAGACGUCUCUACAACUCUAUGGAUUAUUCGAACCUCCUUACCGCGAGUACGAGAAUAUAUGGAAUAGAUCCAACGCCUCUGUCAUGCCUCAGCCGAGGGAGGCGGAGGAGGAGAACGACCAGAACGUAACCAUGAGGAUAGAACGGUGA